CCAUGCAGCAGGUCCUGGAUAACCUUACUGAUCUACCAACAUCAACAGGAGCUGAAGAAAUAGACUUGAUUUUUCUCAAAGGAAUUAUGGAAAACCCUAUUGUAAGAUCACUUGCUAAGGCUCAUGAGCGAUUGGAAGAUUCUAAGCUUGAGGCUGUCAGUGACAACAACUUGGAGUUGGUGAAUGAAAUUCUUGAAGACAUCAGUCCGUUAGUAAAUAAAGAUGAAAAUAUUGCAGAAUUAGUUGGAAUACUCAAGGAACCUCAUUUUCAGUCACUCUUGGAAGCGCAUGAUAUUGUAGCUUCAAAAUGUUAUGAUUCCCCUCCUUCUAGUCCAGAAAUCAAUAAUUCUUCAGUGAACAACCAGAUUGUUCCAGUAGAUGCUAUUCGUAUCCUUGGUAUUCACAAAAGAGCAGGAGAGCCACUGGGUGUUACAUUUAGAGUUGAGAACAAUGAUCUGGUAAUAGCACGAAUCCUGCAUGGUGGAAUGAUAGAUCGACAAGGUCUUCUGCAUGUAGGUGACAUCAUUAAAGAGGUGAACGGCCACGAGGUUGGAAACAAUCCAAAAGAAUUGCAGGAACUGCUGAAAAAUAUUAGUGGGAGUGUCACUCUGAAGAUUCUCCCCAGCUAUAGAGACACUGUUAUUCCUCAACAGGUUUUUGUGAAGUGUCAUUUUGAUUAUAAUCCGUAUAAUGACAACCUCAUCCCGUGCAAAGAAGCAGGUUUGAAAUUUUCUAAAGGAGAAAUUCUUCAGAUUGUAAACCGGGAAGAUCCAAAUUGGUGGCAGGCUAGUCAUGUCAAAGAAGGAGGAAGCGCAGGACUUAUUCCUAGCCAGUUCCUGGAAGAGAAAAGAAAGGCAUUUGUUAGGAGGGACUGGGACAACUCAGGGCCUUUCUGCGGAACAAUAAGCAGCAAAAAAAAGAAAAAGAUGAUGUAUCUCACCACAAGAAAUGCGGAAUUUGAUCGUCAUGAAAUCCAGAUAUAUGAGGAAGUAGCCAAAAUGCCUCCUUUUCAGAGGAAAACACUGGUCUUAAUUGGGGCCCAAGGAGUGGGGCGAAGAAGCUUGAAGAACAGGUUUAUAGUACUGAAUCCCACUAGGUUUGGAACUACAGUGCCGUUUACUUCACGAAAGCCAAGAGAUGAUGAAAAGGAUGGGCAAGCAUACAGAUUUGUGUCACGAGCUGAAAUGGAGACUGAUAUUAAAGCUGGCAGAUAUUUAGAGCAUGGAGAGUAUGAAGGAAAUCUUUAUGGCACCAAAAUAGAUUCCAUCCUUGAAGUUGUUCAGACUGGAAGGACCUGCAUUUUGGAUGUAAACCCACAGGCCCUGAAAGUGCUGAGGACUUCAGAAUUCAUGCCCUAUGUAGUGUUUAUUGCUGCUCCAGAAUUGGAGACUUUGCGUGCAAUGCACAAGGCUGUGGUAGAUGCUGGAAUUACAACCAAACUUCUCACUGACACUGAUUUGAAAAAAACAGUAGAUGAAAGUGCACGGAUCCAGAGAGCAUACAACCACUACUUUGAUCUGACCAUUAUAAAUGACAACCUGGACAAAGCCUUCGAGAAGCUACAGACUGCUAUAGAGAGACUGAGACUGGAACCACAGUGGGUCCCAAUUAGCUGGGUAUAUUGAGAUUUCUGAAAACGAGCUUAAAUAACAAACAAAAUCAACUGCAGCAAACAUGCUAAUGUGAUAAGACGUUGUGUAGAUACAAAAGAUAACCUGCAGCACCUGUGCAUUUUUACUCUGUGUAUAUCCAAAAGUACGCUAUUCUGAAUUUUUAUAGAAAUGUUGAAGGGAAAGUGUACUUAAAUAUGUAAUUUAUUUUAAUUUUUCUAACUUUUUACAGAUAACCUUUCUAUUCAUAUCACAUGAAGGAAAUGCGUUUAAGCAUUUUUAUAUGUUUUGAUUUAGUACCUUUGCCUUUUUCAUCUAAGAAACUUUCAAUCAUUCACUUUAACAUUUACAUCUUGGUCUUACAUUUUCACUGUGAUUAACAAAGAAAAAAGGAUACUUGAAAAUUUUUGUAAAACUUUUGUUAAUGUCAGUGUUUAACUGGUCAAAAGUCUAUAGCUCUUAUUAAGAGGAUACACUAAUUUUUUUUUCUUUGAAAGACAUCAGUUUCAUGGGAGCAGAAUUUUAAAUAUCGAAAGCAGCAACCAACACACAGCUCCAUUGCUUCAGCUUCUUUCUGCUUAACGUUGAUGCAUUCUUGACGUUUCACAAGUUCUUGAUGUCCCUUGAUUUAGACAACUGUACUGUAGGUUCCCUUAUAUGUGUCUCUUCAAAUAACGUAAAGCAGUACCUUGCAAGCUACUUGUUAGGCUGUUCUUGGGUGCCAACCUGUUAGUCUAUUAUGGUUAAAGUACUGAAGAUAGAAAGCCUGUAUGCAAGGUACUUCAGUGUAAUUUGAAUAACGGUGAAGUAGCCUGAGAGAGAACUUAAUAAUGUGGAGCCUUGUAGAACGAAGCUUAGUGUUAGGACUAUUUAUUCAAACUUGUAAAAACACAUUGCUAAAAGAAAGAAGCAUUUUCUUUUCUUAAAACAUUGUUCAAUAUUUGUAUAUUGAUCUGGGACUUAAUUUCUUGUGGUAUUUAGCUGGCUUCUAUAUUAUAUUUUGGAAUAUUUGUGAGUGAUCAGCUAUUGUAUUUUUAUGAAUGUGAUGUAAUGGAAUUUGUGCUCUUUGUUGCAUUGUGUUUUUAACGGCAUUUUUUCCAUGGAAUAACUCGUGAAUUGGAAGCUGUCAACUGCUAAAAUGCAACAUUGUUUAUACCUUUUUGUUUUACAACAUGUUUCCUUUUAGGUUUAUGGCAGUUCUCCCCUCAGUAGGCCCAUUGAUAUAAUUCAAGUUAGGUCCAAGUUCAUCCGUUUCAUUGAUUCGAAGCUUAUGCUAAUGUAAACUUCUGCUUAACAAGAACGAAAUGAAAAUACAGCUUGUCACGAAGACUAGCUGGUUUUGUGACCAUAUUUUAUAUUACUGUGUUAGCUGUUGUAUAUAGUUACGUUUACCAUCACUUAAUCAGGAUAGGUGUCUAAAUUGCAGUCAUCUGUUUGCUUAAUUUCUUUUCCACCUGAUGGCAGGCACCUGGCUUCUGAAUUCUUUUUAAACACCAAAGUGUGAUACAGAAUGCUAUCAAACAGGCAACUCCUCAGAAUUAUUUCUGAAAGAAAAGAGGCUUAUACACUGUAAAACAGUACUGUUUCCUGGGCUUUUAAAGGCUUCUAUGUGCACAAGGAAAAGAAAAACAAGGUUGAGAUAGUAUAGAAAAAAUUUAAGUCUCAACACUCUCCUGCCUACCCCCCCACCCCUGCCAAACUACAGAGGAUUUACAAAUUCCUCUGAAGUUUGGGGUUGUAUGGUGGGGGGGUUUUCUUUAUAUAUGUGUUUUUUUCUUUUGAGAUCCCGGUUACAGGUUGAAAACGUUAAUCAAAAUUGUGUAUAGCCUAGGUCAUCUUUGUGUCUCUUAAUACUGAGAUUUCAGUCCUUUAGAGGGAGGCUGAAAUUUUCUAAGGAAUGUUUGUACUGCUACUUUGUUCCGUUCUUACAGUUUUCAGCAUUUUCUGGUUUUGUUUAAGUUUUUGGUAGCGCUUUUAGAUGUGGCACCAGCAUGAGACCUCUGUUUGCCUUUCCCAAGGGAAAUAGUCUGUGAUCCUAUUGCUCAGAGGCUGCUUUGAGAAACAGAUCAAGUGGUGUAUGUAGCAGCAGUGAAAGCAGACCACUGCUUGACUCUUGUAAUGAUUUGAUCCUGGGACUAUAUGCUGAACAUGACUAUGCUGUGUCUGUUUGUGUACUGUGUAAAAGACUGACAUAUGCGGUACGUAAGAUCUGUUAUCUGGACAGAUGUGAUGCCUUUUCAUUAUGAGUUAGAGCAUACUCUAAUUGUCUACUUGUGAUGCCAAAAGUGGGCUGAGCUCACUCUUCUCUAAUGAAUGGAAUAAGAAGAUUCUUCAGUUUCCAUAUCAUAGUACUGCAGAUAUCGCUAACUUUCCUUUCUUUCCAUAAAUUCACUUAACCAAAUGAAACAGGUGAAAUAGGCACCAAGGUUUAGAGAGGAAAACUUCUCAGCUCCUUUUAUUUCCGUUCUAGAGCUAAUACUGCCAAAAAGGGCCUACCUAGUUAUCAAGUCUCCAAAUAACCAGUUAUCUGCUAAAGCCUAGCUCCACAUAGUGUUUUUAAAUCAAGCAAUGAGUGAUGGUGGAGCCUUGUGCCUGACCAUGUGGUGGUGUUAAUGUAAAUACUAAUGAGAAGUACGUUUAUAAAGCAGUAAGAGAAGAUGGCUUGCUUAGAUUGCAUGCAAGGAUCACAUCAAAGUAUCUGGCUUUUAACUGGUCCAAAUGCAAGUUGUACUAAACAGAUGCAAGGAAUGUAUUUUUUCUUAAAUGUUGAAAAUUGCAAGUCAAGUUUGGCACAUGCUUAACGUUUUGGAAACAGCAGGAGGGUUUUUCUUCAAAAGGAAAAUCAGAUUUUCAUCAGAUAUUCAAAUAAAUUUGUCACUAACUGGUAGGAUGACUAGAAUGUGAAUGGUCAUUAAACUUCUAUUUAUUUUAAAAAGCCGUUGGAGAGUCUUAGAAUGAAGGUGCCAUUUCCAUCAUAUAUGUAGUGGUGAUAGCCUCUACCUGUUUUGGUAUGUUAGAUCAGAAGUUAAUACCUGUACGUUGUGCAAUUAGCAGAAAGAUGCUGUGAGUGGAUUGGUUUUGAGCAAGUGAAAAUAUUUCAUAUAAUAGCUAUUUAAAGGAUUUGGGAGGUUUCAAAUAACUAGGGUUUCUGUAUGUCAUUCUGUACUAAACAUUCAUUUUCCAGAUACUAACAGGUAAACUUAUGUUGACUGUUAAUAAUAACAGUAGGUAUGUAUGAGCAAGGUGAAGAUGCUGCUAAACGUUUAAGAUAUGUGGUAUGUAUCACAAGAUAAAUAUUUACGUAGUUUAGAAAAGUAAAUUAUCAAAUAGUUGUCUGUGUAUAUGUGUGUAUGUGGAUGGUUUAAAGAAAAAAAAAAUCUCAUGUCUGCAAUCACAUUACUAAUCUACCAUGACUUAAUCCAGAAAUGUACCUGCAUGUGAGACUUUAGAACUGGUACACUUCUCUACCUGGUUUGUUGUGUUUACUAAUGAAUAUUUUUCUAAAUAUACAGAUAUUUCAAUCUAAAAAUUCUAUACAUUUGUUUUAAACACUGCAUGAAGUGCUGUAAAAUUCUGUACAUAUAGAGAGACUUAUAGAAGAAACGCUGUAGUUGCCCUGUGAAUGAAAACUUAUACAUAAAAGUACAGUCAGUAUGCCAAGCCCCAUAAGUUAUUCCCCAAAAUGCACCUAAAAUGCCCCUAAGUAUGCACCAAAUAUGCAUCAACUUUAAUGUAAACACUUUGGUGCAUGUAUACCUGAGUGAUUACCUUGCUGUUCUCUAAACAUUACACUAGCAGGUCUACUUUAGUUUCUGAAUAAUGUGACAAAAUGCAGUCAAUUAAAGUUUAGUACGAUAGAUAUAAUGGGAUGUGUUAUAUUGCAUAUAUUUAUAAAGGGCUUUAAAAAUGUUCUGCAAAUAUGAAAUGAAAGUAAAAUUGGAGCAGAAUGACAAACUGACACAGGUGGCUCAAAUUUAAAAUCAAUGCAGUAUCUUUAACUUCUGCAGUGUUCUCAGAUCAGUGCAACUCUGUGUAUGUCAUAGUACAAAAGCUUUGUGGAGCAGGAUGGCAGAUCAACUCUUCACUUUUGAACUUGUGUUUUAUAUAAACUGUUUAUCUUGGAUAGGCUCAAAAUGUGACUGACUCUAUUUGUGAUCUCUCUGUACAAUUCUAACCCAUUCCAUCUUCUAAAAUCACACCUAAAUGAUUUGUUGUACAAACUGCCCGCAACCCAGUGUUCAAGAAGUCUUCUAGUUGUUUUUGUUUUGGAAGGUGAUACAGAUAAUAAAUAGGAAACCAUUUUUUUUUCUUUUUUAAAUACAGAAAAUUCCUGGCUAGGUAUCAUUUUGAAACUAAGCUUGUCUCUCUAUGCUUAAAUAAGAACUGGUGGCGACUGACCAAGUAAGUAGAGCACUACUCUGGAAAUCAGGAGACUUAGGUAACCAAUUGUCUGUCUUUACCUGUGAUCUAUUAUGUGAACCUAACCAAAUUUGAACUUCCUUUACUAGUUCCUUGGUUCCUCUCCCCUUUCAGGUUGAACUUUGAGGCAGAUGCUGUUUCUCAAUAUAUCUAUAGUGCCUACUGCAAUAGAUUUGCCAUCACUCUUUGUGCCUGUAGGUACAGUUUUAAGACAAACUAGAGAUAAAGGUCUGUUGCAGCUAUAAUGCAAACAUAUAUAGAUUAUUUGCUUCUACAGGACUUCUUGCCUCACCCAAAUUCUGAAGAGUAAAAGUAAAGAGUAAAAUAUUGUUAUUGCCAAACGUGAUGAUACUACUUUUGCAAAAGUGUUGAGAGAGAUCAAUUUAUCCAUGUUUAAAUAGUGGUUAGUGGAUA